CAAAGAGUGGUCAUGUGUGUGACGGUCAGCUGACAACACAGGAGGAAAAGAAGGGCGAGAACAGAAAAUUGAACGCAAACAUACAUUUUAAUAUCUGGCUUAUUGUAUAGAAAACAAUGGAGUCAACGUUAGAACAGCACCUAGACGACACUAUGAAGAAUCCUGCCAUCGUCGGUGUCCUCUGCACAGACCAACAAGGUCACAAUUUAGGAUGCCGAGGGUCUCUCUCUGACGAGCAUGGCGGGGUGGUGUCUGUCCUGGCCAGGCAAGCAGCGUCGCUGAUGAGGGACCCCACCGACACACCCACUGUGUGCCUGGAGUCAGAUUCAGGAAGCAUCCUAAUGAAAACCCAUGGGACCAUCACAGUUGCAGUGCACAAGAUGGCUUCCUGAUGUGACCGGAGGACCGAGUGAUUAUUUCUCACAAUUUACCAUUGCGUGUGUUGUACGGAUUCAGGAGGUAACAUGGUGAUAAUUUAUGAUGUUUUCUAUCCACACAAUGUGUUUCUGAAGUCAAAUCCUACAGAGGAAGCCCCGGUUUCCCCAUCUCACCCAGUUUAGUCUGACACUUAAUUAUUGACGGUUUUGUGUCACUCAUUGCUUUGGAUUUCAAUGUCAGAUUGUCAAGUCACUAACUGACAGUUUAAUGGUGUUCAGAUCAUAUAUAAAAAAAUGCCCCUAUUCUCUUUGUAAGACCUUGCUAAUGUCUGCAAAGAAGAUGUUUUGAUGUUUUUUUUUGUUUUUUCCCUCUCCCUUCAGUACUAAUGGUUUCGUUUACAUGAAAUGCAAAAUCUUAGGACUGAAAAAGGAGUCUUUGAAUCUUUGACUGAAAAUCUUUGCCUGUUAAAUAUUUUUCAGAAAACACAUUUAAUAUUUUCUUUAACAAUAUAUGGCUUUUAUUAAAUACUACUGUGGAGACUAGUAUUGAGACUGGUGUCUGGUUAUAUACAUUCUAUAUGUGUCACUCGACCAUCAGCUGUAAAAUCUAUUUAAAAAUAACCAAUGGAAACUAUUUUAUGACAUGUAAUGCAGUUACUUUUUGUAAUAAAAAUAAGUGUUUGUGAUUUCAA